AUGAAUACCCGACCUGUGAUCGAGAGCUCCAGCACGCCGGUAGCCUUGUCAGCCUCCUUCAACCAAGACGCCAGUUGCUUCGCUGUGGGACUCGACACUGGGUUCUGUAUAUUCAACUCAGAGCCAUGCCAGCUCCGGGUCUCUCGAGACUUCAACGCGGGUAUCGGCGCCGUAUCGAUGCUUGGGAAGGCAAAUUUUAUCGCCCUAAUAGGAGGGGGAAAGCUGCCCAAAUUCCCCCAAAAUAAGGUGAUCAUCUGGGAUGACGCAAAGCAGAAAGUUGCCAUACAACUGCCCGUCCUAACGACGGUUCGUGGAGUGAAAUUCUCAAGAUCACAUAUCGUAGUCGCUCUUCAGAACAGUGUCCGCGUCUACAAAUUCCAAAGCCCGCCAGAGGUGUGGGCCGUCUUUGAAACGGCUGAUAAUCCUCUCGGGUUAUGUUGUCUGGGUCCGAAGACUCUGGCAUUUCCAGGAAGGACUCCCGGCCAAGUCCAGCUGGUUGAGUUGUCUACUGGGAAUGUCAGCAUUAUUCCUGCCCAUAGUUCGCCCUUGCGGGCUCUUGAUAUCAGCCGUGAUGGCGAGAUUCUCGCCACUGCGAGCGACACCGGUACUCUAAUACGGGUGUUUGCUACAAGUAACUGUGCUCGCAUUGCCGAACUCAGGCGAGGCGUCGACCAUGCUGUUAUCUUUUCUGUUGUCAUUUCUCCUUCAGGCGAAUUGCUGGCUGUCACAUCCGACAAGUCCACCCUCCACAUAUUUGACAUCCCUCAUCCUUCCAAGUCAACGAGAUCGGAGGCUACAAAUGCCACUCGAAGGCUAACAUCCCAAGGCGGCGGAGGAAGUCCCGGUCUGAGCGACGUGGAAGCGAGCCAGAAAUGGGGAGUCCUGGGCCGCAUCCCAUUGCUGCCAAGAGUAUUUUCCGAUAUAUACUCAUUUGCUUCUGCUCACUUCGAGAUCGGCGAUGAGCCCGUUUCCGGAGGCUCAACCCCACUGAACUCCCCUGGUGACUCAGGGUUCCGGCCGCCAAAGGGUAUUAUAGGUUGGACUAGUGACCACAGCGUUGUAGUCAUCGGGGCUGGGAGAGAUGGCAGAUGGGAAAGGUUCAUCAUUGCCGAAGGCGACGAUGGUAAGAGAUAUUGUGUCCGAGACGGUUGGAAAAGGUACCUUGGCAUCAGUUGA